CGCUCCGGCAAGCUGGCUCACCCGCUGGCCACCCAGCACAGCCCGCUGCCCCCUCUCCUGCAGCCCAUCUGGCGGAGCGGCGGCGGCGGCGGCGGCGGCGGCGGCGGCGGCCGGAGAAUGGCUUCAGAACUGGCCAUGAGCAACUCCGACCUGCCCACCAGUCCCCUGGCCAUGGAAUAUGUUAAUGACUUCGAUCUGAUGAAGUUCGAAGUGAAAAAGGAGCCGGUGGAGACGGACCGCAUCAUCAGCCAGUGCGGCCGUCUCAUCGCCGGGGGCUCGCUGUCCUCCACGCCCAUGAGCACGCCGUGCAGCUCGGUGCCCCCGUCGCCCAGCUUCUCGGCGCCCAGCCCGGGCUCGGGCAGCGAGCAGAAGGCGCAUCUGGAAGACUACUACUGGAUGACCGGCUACCCGCAGCAGCUCAACCCCGAAGCGCUGGGCUUCAGCCCCGAGGACGCGGUCGAGGCGCUCAUCAGCAACAGCCACCACCAGCUCCAGGGCAGCUUCGAUGGCUACGCGCGCGGGGCGCAGCAGCUGGCGGCGGCGGCGGCGGCCGGGGCGGCGGCCGGAGCGGCCGGGGCGGCGGCCGGGGCGGCCGGCGCGUCCCUGGGAGGCCCCGGCGAGGAGAUGGGUCCCGCGGCCGCCGUGGUGUCCGCCGUGAUCGCCGCGGCCGCCGCGCAGAGCGGCGCGGGCCCGCACUACCAUCACCACCACCACCACCAUCCGGUGGCGCAUCACCAUCACCAUCACCCGACGGCCGCCGCGGGCGCGGGCGCGCCGGGCGCGGCGGGCGGCGCGGCUUCGUCGGCGGGCGGCAGCGGCCCGGCGGGCGCUGGGGGCGGCGGCGGCGGCGGCGGAGGCGGAGGCGGCGGCGGCGGUGGCGGAGGCGGCGGCGGCGGCGGCGGGGGCGCUUCUGCGGGGGCAGCGGGGGGCGCCCUGCACCCGCAUCCGCACCACGCGGCCGCCGGCCUGCACUUCGACGACCGCUUCUCGGACGAGCAGCUGGUGACCAUGUCGGUGCGCGAGCUGAACCGGCAGCUGCGCGGGGUGAGCAAAGAGGAGGUGAUCCGGCUGAAGCAGAAGAGGCGGACCCUGAAAAAUCGCGGCUAUGCCCAGUCCUGCCGUUUCAAGCGGGUGCAGCAGCGGCACGUCCUGGAGUCGGAGAAGAACCAGCUGCUGCAGCAGGUCGACCACCUCAAGCAGGAGAUCUCCCGGCUGGUGCGCGAGCGGGACGCGUACAAGGAGAAAUACGAGAAGCUGGUGAGCAGCGGCUUCCGAGAAAACGGCUCGAGCAGCGACAACCCGUCCUCGCCCGAGUUUUUCAUGUACCCAAGGGAAUCCUCUACAUCAGUGAUGUGAAAAAAAAUAUCCCGUUGCCUGAAGCCGAAGAGAAAAUACCACGCCGGCAUGCUAAUCGCCUGAGACAACUUGGCCCACAGACAGCCACAAAGCACAAAACAAAAAACUCAGAGAAGAACCAAGAAUGGUGUUUUCCUGGCGUCUACAAGAAGCGCUUUAUUUUAUCCCCCUCCCCAUCUCUAUUUCUUUUCUAAAAAAAAAUUCAAAAACAAAACAGAACCCCUACCCCCAAAAAGAAACCC